AGAAAUAAAUUGCUUAAUUAAAUGUAGGUUUCUCAGCUGAAGUUGUUGUUGGCGUGAUGUUCGGUGGACUGGUGCUUGGAUCUAUCAUUACUUCAUCUGUCUUUAUUUAUCUUUGGCAGAGAGCAAGGAAAGAACAGGAGAAAAAGAAAAAUGUCUUCGAGAAUUGCAACCAAAACCCAGCGUUCGAGAACGGGGAUUAUGAUCAAAUGAAUACAAGAAACAAGGCAACAAAACCUGCAAAGAUAUCACAGGUUAAUCCUAUUCCAAGAGAAAAUAUUUCUACAUCCCACUCCAUGGAAGACGGUGUCUAUAACCAUUUAAAUGAAUCAGCUACAGCUACAACAAAUACAGAUGACGUUUACGACCACGCCAGACCGCAUUCCUCGACGUCAGUACAUUGUGAGGGGUACGGGACUUUGGUGUUUGAUCAUGAAGGAAAUGAUGUUUACAUGGAAGGAGAUAAAGACAAGGAGGCCGGAUGUAGUGUUGGAGCGGAAACUAAAAAUGAACACACUGCCCAUAAUUACUUUGUCCUUGAAAAAGAAACGAUCUAAUAGAUACAAUAUAUACAUGUACACUGUAAACCAAUUAGAUUUGACAAA